AAUCCCCGGGUUCGGAGUGAGAUCCCAUAUCAUCAAAUCCUCAAUAGUUUCAAGAUUUCUUAUUAGCCAAUCCUCUCAUCGUAAGAGGAACGACCAGAUGGGAAACCCAGGAAUGACGAUGCUGACGACUACCUAUCCACGAAUUAUCAGCCUAUCAGCUAGGACUGCAGCAAGGAUUUCGCCGAUCGGGAAUAUCCACCGAAACGCGUUCUCAUCUACUACGACGAAAAGCAGCAGCGAGACCCUCAAGAAAACUCCGAUCUAUCCCUUGCAUGUACACCCUUCCAAUGGGGCCAAGAUGGUCCCCUUUGCUGGCUUCGAUAUGCCACUCUCCUACUCUAAAAGCGGAGGUCAAAUUGCUGAACAUGCGGCAGUGCGAAAAGAAUGCGGCCUAUUUGAUGUUUCGCACAUGGUCCAAUCGAGAUAUCGAGGAAAAUCAGCCGUCGAAUUUCUUUCGAAGUUAUUGCCUAGUUCGCUCUCGAGUAUGAAGGCCUAUUCGAGCACACUAUCAGUGAUCAUGAAUGAGAAAGGAGGGAUACUGGACGAUUGUUUGAUUACCAGAUGGGGCGAACAGGAUUGGUAUCUGGUUACCAAUGCUGGUCGGCGGGAUUCAGACUUGGCUUGGAUUGACAAGAUCCGACAGGAGUUCCCUUCCGACUCUCUUCAGAUGGAUAUCUUGGAUGGCUGGGGUUUGCUGGCGCUCCAAGGGCCCAAGGCCAGUAAGAUCCUCCAGCCGCUGCUCGACGAUCGCUCGCUCUCCUUGGAUCAAUCGCUCUUCUUCGGCCAGAGCAUUCACACCAAGGUUGCCGGUACGGAGGUGCACAUUGCCCGGAGUGGCUAUACUGGGGAGGACGGCUUUGAGAUCUCGGUUCCGCCGACGGACGCACUGGGCUUUGCAGAGCUACUUGCGAAACAACCUGGAGUGACGCUGACGGGCCUUGCGGCAAGAGACUCGCUGAGACUCGAGGCGGGGAUGUGUCUCUACGGGGCCGACCUGGACGAGUCUGUCGGCGUGGCCGAGGCUGGACUGGGAUGGGUCGUCGGGAAGGAACGCAGCGGAUUCUUCGGCGAGGGGCGCACUCGGGCCGAGAAGGGCGAACUGAUCAAACGUCGUCGGGUCGGCCUAACCGUCGAGAAAGGUCCCCCCGCUCGCUCGGGAGCGCUGAUCACCGAUUCAAACGGCCAAGAAGUUGGCGUCGUCACCAGUGGAAUCCCUAGCCCUUCUCUCGCCGGUCAAAAUAUCGCAAUGGCUUAUGUCAGCUCUGGUCUCCAUAAACCUGGCUCAAAGGUUAACGUCCUUGUUCGUGGUAAACCCAGACAGGCUGAGGUCGUCAAAAUGCCAUUUGUCAAGUCUAACUACUAUCGCAAUUCAUCUUAAGAUCAUAUGAUACUAUCUAAGUAACAGUUCAUCAGAGAAAAUAUGUCGAGGAGGAAUAUAUUGAGUACUUUUGAUCGUAAGGAAUCAUGUAUCAUCAGUUCUGAAUCUUUUAUCUUUGAGUUAGGAGUAAAGAAAAAAGUCAAGCAUAAAAAACCUAUACA